AAAAGAACUGUAACAUAUUUUUAAUCUUGCAUUCUCUCUCUGCAUAGUUUUAGGUUAGCGCUCUUCAAGGCAUUGAAAUAAAACUUUAAUAUCUGCAUGUUGCUCGUUGGCGCCUUAAUGAUCCAACUCAUUUGCUUGAGCGUUGACACGUGUUGAAGAUGCGCUGCUGCAUCAACAGACGAGUCCGGACAGGAGGGAAGAAGCAGGCAUGGUCCAUUCAAACCAGGGAACCCUCUUCCUCUGCUUCCCCCACGCUCCUGUGAGGAAAGUACAUACUCCUCCUCCUCCGUCCUCCACCGAGAAGGGAGCUUUCUCUCCCCUAAAACCCUGAUCGGGCUGCCAGUCUCUCCUCGGAGCGUGUCGCCCUCCACAAUCGGAAUCUGAGCCCUGUUCAUGUCAUGACCCGGAGCAGAGCAGGAUCGAAGAGGUCGACUCCUCCAACCAGCCUGGCUCUCCGAUGCAGAUGACUCUUCUCCCGGGUUUCCACUUUGGUUCUUAUGAAAUAUGCGAUGUUCGCUGGAGUGCUCGCUUCUCUUUCGGCUGCACUUUGUUUUCAUGUUGGCAGCCGGCCACGAUGAGCUAUCUGCCAGACUCCUCUCCCUCUCCAACGAGCAAGGCCAUUUGUCCCAGUCUGGCUCAGACCCAUCCAUCGUCCAUCCCGUGAGAAUCAGCGCUGAUGGUGAGUUUGUCUCUCACUCCGUGUCUCACCAUUUCAAGACCGGGAGACCCAGGCGUGCACUGCGGUCCCUUUCUCCAGAGGGACAGGUCUACUACAAGCUCAGCUACAAUGGGCGAACCUUGAUGUUCAAUUUGACCAAAAACCAUCACCUGCUGUCAACUGAAUACGUCCUGGAGAGGAGGAAUGGCAGUGCCAGCAGGGCUGAGCCUGCCCUGUCUGACGGGAACUCCUGCCACCUUCUUGGCACUGUGGAAGCCCCUGAUUUUAAAGGAACGGCUGCCAUCAGCACCUGCAAAGGACUGAGAGGAUUUUUUUCCCUGCCGGAGGGGCAUUUCUUCAUCGAACCUGCCCAGAAAUUGCCCAGUGAUCCUGCAGGGACUCCAGAACCACACGUUGUCUAUCCAAGACCUACUGAGGAAAACCACAGAAGAAAACGUAGCUUGGAGUCCAAACAUACUCCCAGCCCCUGCGGAGUUCAAGAUGCUCCAAGUGACUCUCACCAGGUGGAAAAAGAGAGGGAGGAGUGGGAGAGGGAGCAUCAGAGGGAGGAGGCUCAGGCUCAGUCCCGCUCGCAGCGCUCAGUCAGCCGAGAGCGAUGGGUGGAGACCAUGGUGGUGGCUGACUCCAAACUCAUCGAAUACCAUGGCAGCGACAAUGUUGAGUCCUACAUUUUCACCAUCAUGAACAUGGUUGCUGGAAUAUUUCAUGAUGCCAGUAUUGGAAAUGCUAUCCAUGUCAUCUUGGUGCGCCUCAUACUGCUUCAAGGAGAAGAGAAAGGAUUGAAGAUUGCUCACCAUGCAGACACAACUCUGUCCAGUUUCUGUGCGUGGCAGAAAAACCUGAAUCCACAGAGCGACACUCACCCAGCUCACCACGAUCUGGCUGUUCUGAUCACAAGGAAAGAUAUUUGUGCAGGAAUGAACCAGCCAUGUGAGACUCUGGGUCUCUCUCAUCUGUCUGGGAUGUGUCAACCCCACCGCAGCUGCAACAUCAACGAGGAUUCAGGACUGCCUGUCGCCUUCACUGUUGCUCAUGAAAUGGGCCACAGUUUUGGGAUCCAUCAUGACGGCCAAGGGAAUGACUGUGAGGUGGGAGCAAAACACCCGUUCAUCAUGUCGAGACAACUGAUGUAUGACAGUUCGCCUCUGACUUGGUCGUCCUGCUCCAAAGAGUACAUCACACGUUUCCUCGACCGUGGCUGGGGUUUCUGUUUGGAUGACCGUCCUUCCAAGAGGGACCUGACGACCCCUCUGGCCCGUCUUGGCGUGCGCUACACCACCCAUCAUCAGUGCCAGCUCCAGUACGGUCCAAAUGCUACUUUCUGUCCAGAGGUGGAUAAUGUUUGCCAGAUUCUUUGGUGUUCAGUGAAUGGUAGCUGUAGAUCCAAAUUGGACUCGCCAAUAGAUGGGACUCGCUGUGGACCAGACAAGUGGUGUAUUUCUGGAGAGUGUGUAAUUGUGGGUAAACUGCCAGAGACUGUGAAUGGAGGCUGGGGGCUUUGGGAUAAAUGGUCCUACUGCUCCAGGACUUGUGGAACUGGAGUUCAGUCUGCAGAGAGGGAAUGUAACAAUCCCAAACCUGAAUUUGGAGGAAAGUAUUGCACUGGAGAAAGGAAGCGUUACCGGACCUGCAACACCAAACCUUGUCAGAAUGAGAAGCCGUCCUUCAGAGACAUGCUGUGCAGUGAGUUUGACACGGUUCCCUAUCACAACCAGCUCUACCAGUGGAUCCCAGUUGUUAACCCAUUAAAUCCCUGCGAACUUCACUGCCGACCAGUUAGUGACUAUUUUUCAGAGAAGAUGCUUGACGCGGUGACCGACGGGACGCCGUGCUUCAUGAACAACAAGUCCAGAAACAUCUGUGUUAACGGAGUGUGCAAGGAGGUCGGCUGUGACUUUGGUAUCGACUCCAACGCGGUGGAGGACCGCUGUGGGGUCUGUCUGGGCGACGGCACAAGCUGUGAGACGGUUUAUAAGACAUAUGAUGAACAAGAAGGUUUUGGGUACGUGGACGUGGGGGUGAUACCCGAGGGCGCCCGGGACAUUCUGGUGAGGGAAGCCCAGGAGGCAGGUAACUUCCUGGCCCUCAGAAGUGUGGGGUCAGACGAGUACUUCCUCAACGGGAACUUCAUCAUCCAGUGGAACGGCGAGUACGAAGCAGGUGGGACGACGUUCUACUAUGAGCGCAGUGGAGACAUGGAGAACCUCACUGCACCUGGGCCUACCAAGCAGCCAGUCUUGCUCCAGUUGUUGUUUCAGGAGAAGAAUCCAGGUAUUAAGUUAGAAUACACCAUCAAGAAGACCAAAUUUAUAGAAAAUGAGGUCACUGAACCCACUUACAGCUGGAGACACGGAGCCUGGACCGACUGCAGCACCACCUGUGGCCUAGGAGAGCAACACCAGCCAGUGCUGUGUUUUGAAACAGAUGUGGGCGUCGUGGACGAGUCUCUGUGCGACCCAGACAGUCGUCCAGAGGACCGACACCGCAAAUGUAAAAAUAUGGAAUGUCCUGCAAGGUGGUGGGUUGGUGGUUGGCAACAUUGUACAGAAACCUGUGGAUCAACAGGAUUGAGGAAGAGAACCGUUCUUUGUGUCCGCACUGUUUCAGGGGAGGAGAGAGUACUCCACCCUCUGGAAUGCAAGCAUCUGCUUAAACCCAAACCUGUGGUGCCGUGCAACAGAGAUGUGCCAUGUGGGCAGGAAUGGGCUGUUGGCAACUGGGAGGAAUGCCCCGUCACAUGUGGAGGGGGAGUUCGCUCACGCACCGUGUCAUGCACAUUGGCGCCAAAGAAGAUCUGUGACCUCUCGACCAAACCCAGGUCCAAAUCACUGUGUGCUUUGCAGAGCUGCCCAAACUCAAGUCUUCACAGACGACCUGGGCUUCCCCCUGUGUAUCGCCGCAUUUACCCAAAUAAAACUCCCCCUACUAAACAUCCUGGCUCGACAUCAUUAGCACCUAUAAGCUCCACAGCUGCGCCUACAACAACCACCAAAGAAACUACAACUGCCACCACAAAAUCCACUUCAAGCCCUCAAGUUGCAUUUACUGAAAUUAUAGUCUCAGAGGAUCAUGACUUUGGUGUUCGGAUGAGGAAAAUGAAAAAUGCAGAGAGGAAAGUUGAUCCUAAUAAAUCAAGUUCUGCUAAUAAAGAAAAGAAAACAAGGGUUGGAGAGGAGGAAAAUGUAGACGCAGAGGAGGGAAGCGGUGAGGAUGGGGUCCUGUACUCCCCAGGAUACGAUUACAUCGUUGAGGACAAGACGAAACAAGAAGAGAAGAUUAUUGACCUGGACUUUUUCACCACAGAAACGUCUCUAACGACUCGUCUUCAGACAACCACACCAAAACCACAAGCACGUCCUCUUACCAAGCAUAUAACUAGAAUACCACCCACAACUGCUUUGCCAUUCUCUCUUACCAGUACUGACACAUGUUCAAGGACAACCCACCACUUACCCAACAUCAACACCACCUCAAAUGUUAAACCAUACCGCCCAUGGACACAACGUGCUCCUCUAACCACUCCCAUGCAUAAGCUUGGCCCGGGCCUUUCAAAAACUAUCUUCAAAACGAAACAAGUUCCUGCAACAACUGUAAGAAAACCAUCCACCACUUCAGCUCCACCUCAUGUGACAUUUAUGAGCCUGAAGAGCUCCCCUGCAACAACCAAGAAAACCACUCAAACUGCUCGUGCUAAAAAAAACCCCAGGUCCAAAGGAAGGCACGUCAAGAGCCAAAACCAGCAACCAAGAAGUCCGCAGAGCAGUUCCACGAGUGACCAAAGAAACCUGAUUUCCAGAGAACCAGUUAGCAAGGAUGUAUUUUGGGUUGUCGGAAACUGGAGUGAGUGCUCAACGACAUGUGGGAUUGGAGCUCUAUGGAGGACAGUGGUGUGCAGUUCAGAGAGGGAUGAGGACUGUGCCAACAUGCAGAGACCUGAGCCUGCACGGACAUGUCAUCUGCAACCAUGCGCGGCCUGGCAAACCGGCAGCUGGAGCAAGUGUCUAGAAACCUGUGGGUCUGUGAGAAGGAGGCACCGUGACGUUCAGUGUGUUGAUUCUCAGAGUAAACGUCCACUCAGACCUUUCCACUGUCAGACUGUGUCCAGCAGACCCCUAAGCGCCCUGGGUUGCCCCCAAAAGCCCUGUAUGAACUGGACCGUGUCACCCUGGGGACUGUGCUCUGGCAGCUGUGGUGAAGGCAUCAGGGAGCGACUGGUGCACUGCCCCGAACCUCAUCGCUGCAGCACCACGUCCAGGCCAAACGCCACUGAACUGUGCAGUCUAAAGCCUUGCAUGCACUGGAAAACCGAAGGCUGGGGGGAGUGCUCUGUGAGCUGUGGAGAGGGUCAACAGCAGCGCGCAGUCAACUGCGUGAGCGAUCAGGAUUCGGCCGUUUUGCCAAACCGCUUUUGUGAGACGAUUUCUAAACCAGAAACACUCAGGAAAUGCAACAUGCAGGAAUGCAAGAAAAACUCAGUUUGCAGAAAAAACGCCAUGUCCUCCCGCUUCUGUGACAAGCUGAAGCUGUUGGGUCGCUGUGUGCUUCGGUCGGUCCAAAGACAGUGUUGCUUCACCUGCAGGGCACUGCCAAGACUGGACUCAUAAUGACUGCAACGCGACCUGCCGUCUGUUCAUGAAACGCUGGUACGAAACAGCCGCCAUCCACAGACUGAGAAACCACGGUGCUAACGGCAACUUCAGCAAGCCAAACCGACUGCCUCAGUGGUCACUGCAUUUCUUUUGUUGUUGUUUUUUUUAUACCAUGUUCAGUUUUUCUUAAUUUACUGUAGUAAAAUUUUGGAUCAAAACCAGGUAAUACAAAAAGCCAAAGUGCUUGGGGAAAGACCAGGGGAAAAGGAGAUUAUGCAAAGGCAUGGGCUGGUAUAACAAUCUCACAAAAUAAACUCCACAAGUUCAUGUUUACACAAAAAUCAAAAGGUAGGACAUGAUUUAGGUUUGUUCAUUUCUUCCUCAAAGAAUAGAAAAUAAGCCAAUUUUGGCUGUUUAAUUAGUCAGGGCAUCUGAGCCUGCAGUCAGAUUCUUAACAGAGAUGCUGCUCAGAGCUAGCAGAGCCAACGGUAGCUUCAAAACAGCAUUACAUAAAAGUAGCAUGUAGGGCCAACUCCUCCAUGGGAAUCCCAAGGUGAACUUUUAGCAUGUCCUGGGUCUUCCUCUGGGUCUCCUCCCAGUGAGAUGUACCCAGAAUACCUCACCAGGGAGCCAUCCAGGUGCAAACAUGUCACCUCAACUGACUCCAUUUGAUGUGGUGGAGCAGCAGCUCUACUCUGAACCCGUCUUAGCAUCUCUCGUUUUAGCUGUUUGUAUCGGUGUUCUCGUUCUUUUUCUACCCAGAGCUUCUGACCGCAGAUCAGGGUAGGAAUGUCCGCCUACUGGUAAGUUGAGGCUCAGCUCUCUUUUCACCAGGACAGACCAGUAGAGACGCGGCACUAAUCCUGUCGUGAAAAGUUCGUCACAACAGCAUACAUUUCCCAGCUGUCAAAUCCUUUCUUGUUUGUACAGAAAAGACUCUCAGCUUUCUUUCAGUUAGCUGAGUAGUUGUGUGUAGAAACAAUUGGGUUUCUUUAUGCAGCCAGAAAAAAAUGUUGGCAACUCUAGCACUUCCUCUGGCCAAUAAAAUGGUUCUAAGUGGCAGGAACAACAUUUGACGUAUUAUAAACAGUAACUUUUUAUAACCUUGGAAUGCCUCAAUACAGACAGCCGGCCCAUGCCUUGUUAUGUGUUAACAUGCAUUUCUGGGUCAAAGGUGCUUUUUACAUCUUAAUAAAGGUGCUUUUAAAAUUAGGCUGCUGAUGAUUCACAGCUAAUACCUAAUGUUUCUUUUAAUGAACUGGUAAAAACAGAAUGUACAUUAAGAUUUUCUGUCAUUCCAACAUUGUUUGGAUGGACAACGUCAAAAUUUUUUAACACUCGGAUUUGUUUUUUGUUGAGUUAUGUUUUGUUUUUCUCAGAGCCAGCACUGACUGUGUGUUUAUGUAAAACUUUUUAUAGGCCUUUUUCUUUUCAUAAUUUAGCUGCAGAAUGCAACAAUCUCCUCUGACUUGUUGCACCCUUUUAAAACCAAGACAGAGGUGUUGCAGGUCAUCCCUCUCAGGUCCCUCUUACGAUGGCACUUGUGAUUAUGUGAAAUUGUUUACCAAGUUGUACAUCUUCGCUUCCUUUCCUUCGCUGCUCUUUGUUUCUUCCACUUCAAAUUGUGAGUGAAAGAGGCUCGGACAAACAUGAGGCAAGAUGAAAAAAAGCGUCAUUGUUCACAGGGUAUGCCAUCUUCACAUAUACACUUCUUUGCCAAAGUUGUUCUCUUGUUCGCCUUCACACAUAUGAACUUGAGUGACAUCCCACUCCGAAUUCAAAGGGUUUAAAAUGAUGUCGGCUACAACAACUUUUAUUCUGAAAAGGCUUUCCACAAGGUCUAGAAGUGUUCACAGAGCACAUUUUUUUGGUCAGGCACUUUCGUAACCCCUUGUAACGAGUCACAGUGGUCUGCAUCGUGGUACUGACUUGAUCUGUUGGGUUAAGAUCAGUUCCAUGUGCAUGUUCCACACGAAGCUCAAUCAUCUCUGUCUUUACAGAGUUUGCUUUGUCACAUUGGAACAGAAAGGACCCAUUCCUAGAAAGUCCAGAGCAUUGCCCAAAAAUGCCUUUGUGUGUUGAAGCAUUAAGAGUUCCUUUCUUUGGAGCUAAGAGCUAAAAACCCUAAUUCUGAAAAAAUAAAAAUAAAAAGAAUCCACUGAGUCGCACUUUGCAAAAUACACUCAAGCAAAUACUGUUCUCUUGGCUAGACUCACCAGUUGGAUUGCUCAACAAAGAGGCAUGGUUUGUCACUUCAAAGAAUUAUUUAUUUUUUUUUUUUACUGCUUUACACCUCUGCAUCUGGCACUGUACUUUGCAUUUGGUGAUGUAACGCUUGGCUGCAGCUGCUCGCCCAUGGAAACCCGUUCCAUGAAGCCAAUCUGAAGGCGUCAUGAUCUCUGGAGGACUGCAGCUGCAGACUGCUCCAAGUUGGUAACCUCUGCAAACUCUACAAAUCAUCAUCCACUGACCCCACUCUGAUUUUUGUUUUUUUUGUUUUUUGUGACAUACCACUUUGUAGCCAAGUUGCUGUCAUUCCCAAUUUGUGACAAUAUCAUUAACAAUUGACUGUAGUGAAUUUAUGGGAGGAAACACAGGUGCAAUCUUGUUGAGAUUCUGUGAAUGAAUUCACUGAACUCCUUAGAGCGACCCAUUUCACAAAUAUCUGUAGUCUACAUGCCAAGGUGCUGGAUUUUAUUCACCUGGAACACUAAACUUAAUGAUUUGGAUGGGUAAGUAAUUACCUUUGGCAAUAGAGUGUAUGUGUUUUGCAUGUCUUCAUUGAUAACUGUGAUGAAAAGGAGGUCUGACAUAACACUUUUUGUAAAUGAAAUACAUGAAAUAAACCUUUUUUUUUAAAUAA